AUGGAAAUCGUUUCUAAAGAAGCUCAUAUGUCUAUUGCCGCCUCUUCUAUGUUUCCUGGUUUCAGAUUCUGUCCUACAGACGAAGAGUUGAUUUCUUAUUACCUCAGGAAGAAGUUGGAUGGUCAUGAAGAAAGUGUUCAAGUUAUUUCUGAAGUUGAGCUUUGUACAUAUGAGCCUUGGGAUUUACCAGCCAAAUCAUUCAUUCAAUCAGAUAACGAGUGGUUCUUCUUCUCUCCCCGUGGACGGAAGUAUCCAAACGGUUCACAGAGUAAAAGAGCUACUGAAUGUGGAUACUGGAAAGCCACUGGAAAAGAGCGUAACGUGAAAUCAGGUCCUAAUGUCAUAGGUACGAAGCGAACUUUGGUGUUUCACUUAGGUCGUGCACCGAAAGGCGAAAGAACCGAAUGGAUUAUGCAUGAGUACUGCAUCAGUGACAGGUCUCCGGAUUCUUUGGUCGUCUGUCGCCUCAAGAGGAACACCGAGUUCCGUCUGAAUGAUUCUUCGAAUAGAGCCUCGUCAAGUCAAAUAAACCAAGUACAUUCACAUGAAAGUGAUUGCGCUGUCUCAGAAGGCGCUACUGAUCAACGGGAAAUAGGCGCUUGUGAACAAGAAAAGGAGGUUGAUGGUAGCUCCAAGCGGGGAAGCAGCAGUUAUGGUUCGCCUUCAUUGGAACAAAUUGAUUCCGUGUCUGAAUCUAAUCAACGACCGGCUACUGACGCUACUUUGACAGACUCUUCGGGGCACCUAAAGAUGGAAGAAGAAGAUUGUUAUGCGGAGAUACUAAAGAACGAUAUCAUAAAACUAGAUGAAUCGUCAAUGUCUCAAGGGGCUCAAACAAGACCGAAUGACCUUCCACGGACUCAUCCAUGCCAAGGCACUGCCCAACGGAGAAUACGAUUAAGGGUUCCAAAAUCAACGCAUGCUCAACAACGCGUUCGAUUCUCAAGAACAAAGCACGAGUCAAAGAGUAGUUUCCUUGACAGCGUGAGCAACCCGAUGAUGAUAUUUGUUUUCUUUGUUUUCACUCUCAUGGCCAUAUUUUUCUGGUCUUUAUUGGAUGGUCACAAACAUGUUCGAAAUAUUGUAGGAAAAUUUCCGGCGUAG